UAGUUGAUAUAUUUGAAUUUACGAAGUAGAAUUAUUAGAAAUAGAAGAGAGGAUAAUUGUGUUGGAUGGCUAAAAUUUCUGGAGAGAUCUAGAACGAAAGGAGGUUCCAGUUCCUUCCAUCUCCAGACCCUCCUUCUCCAUCCUUUUAUAACUCCAACAAUGUCGAUUUUCUCAUCACCUAAAACUUCCUUAACACGAUCCUCAUUCCUACUACUGCCUACAACUCACUUCAAACUUCGCUUUUACAAAGUUCCGUUUGAAUGGCUCAAGCAGUAUCAAAUCUUACUCGAUUCGUCUCCUUUACCCCUACCAAAGCCGCCUCCAAUGAUCCCAAGAAGUUUGUUCGUAGAAGUAACGUCAAAGCCGUGGCAGGGGAUGGCAGAGAUAAUCUCGAUCACUUACAGAGAACUAUUGGAAAGGAAAAACAAACAACUCAGCCACCGAAGAAACGAGUAGCUCCUGUUGCUCCAAUUGGGCUUUGGGAUCGAUUUCCGACGGCGAGAACGGUACAGCAAAUGAUGGAGACAAUGGAGAGGAUAAUGGAUGAUCCUUUUGCUUACUCGGGAGCAUGGCCAUCGCCUCCAUUUACCAGCGAAGGAGCUGGGUACAGUAGGGGAAGAACUCCAUGGGAGAUCAAGGAAGGGGAAAAUGAGUAUAAGAUGAGGUUUGACAUGCCGGGUAUGACGAAGAACGAUGUGAAGGUGUGGGUGGAGGAGAAGAUGUUGGUUGUGAAGGCUGAGAAGGUGAAGAAGGCUGGUGAAGAAAAUGGAAAGGUUGAAGAAGAAGAAGGAGAUUGGUCUGCUAAAAGCUAUGGAAAAUAUAGUAGCAGAAUUGCUUUGCCUGAGAAUGUUCAAUUUGAGCAGAUUAAGGCAGAGGUAAAGGAUGGGGUUUUGUACAUAACAAUACCAAAGGCUAUGGCUACAAGUAAAAUUGUGGACAUUAAUGUCCAGUGAAGAGUUGGGAUUAGAUUUUGAGAGUAGGUGUAGUUAUUUUUUGCUGCUUUCAGUUUCAAAGAACCUGAUGUAAACAGUUAUGAAGAUGAAGUUCUUGCAAUUUCAUCCUGGCUUUUGUAAUCUAUAUUAAACAAAGCUUCGAUGUGAACAUUUGGCAUUACUGAUGGAAUGAUACCUUUAGUUACCUGUUAAA